AUGCAUGGAGAAAAGGUUGGAUGGUCCAAAUCAGGAGUUUUGGCCGAAUAUCAUCAAAGCAUGAGGCUCAUCAUCGCCAGGUAUGCUCAUAGGGGAACGGCCUCGGUAAAAACACCAUCAAGUAGUCGAUCCUUCCUGACAAGCACGACGUCUCGGGCCGCACAACAAGUUACCGGUUACACCGGCUCCACGCCCCUCUACCACCACCAACCUUCGGGCCAACUCUCGUUUCUUGAUACUCCGCCAGUCUAUUCAGGCUCGCCGACCGUGCUCGGGACUCUCUCUGCUCAGGGCAACUUUCAGACAAAUCCAUCCUUCGUGGACCUGCUCCAUUCCGUAUUUUCUGGCGUUUACCUCGACGACCCCCAUGUGCGCGACUUGGCGGUCUCCAGAAAGUCCGCCUCAGCGGAUAGUUAUCUUCACGUGCUUGGUGCUCGGACGAAGACGCAAAACAUAAGCGAUCGUGAUCCCGCAUCGAUCAUCUUUUCUUUCCUAGCGCAAUCGACAACAGGUUUGCCAGUCCCAGACACCUAUGAGCCAAAUCCUGCAUUAAGGAUCUACACUCCGUUGGAUGGUUUCCUCGUCUUCCCCCCUUCACUCCAUCAGGCCCUUCUGAGAGGAUGCAAAGUCGCCCGAAACAUUGAAGAAGAUUCUAUGAAGUAG